UUCCACCACCGACGUCUUCAUUGAACAAGCACAAGCAAGGCCAUAUACAGCGUAUAAUAAGAUCCCCCCCCCUCUACCCACUCUCUUUCCUCUGUGCCACCUCUCACUCCUAACACCAUGGUGUCCAAGUCAGCAAAGACACUUCUACUCCUGGCGUUUGGGUCGCUACUACAUUCGGCAUAUUCUGCUUACGAGGCCGUAUGGAAGACCCAAGGUGUUUCGAGGAACAACCUGCCAUUCGAUAUUGUAGCUGAAUGCCUUUUAUCAACAGCUGCCAUUGUGGUCAUCACGGUGCUGAGUUCGGAUGAACUGAAACCAAUUUCUCUACACAAAGCAUCACACCUCGAACCCGACUCGGCUUUCCUGAGCUACCGCCCAAAUUUCUUGGACAUUCGGAAACGACGUGAACAGUACAAAGCCACCUUGGAAGAAAAAUAAGAAAUGGUUUCUUGGUUAUCGAACACACAUGCGCUAUAGUUUAACGAACAACAAA